AGGAUGGAAUGCUCUGUGCAGAAAACAAAGAUUUUCACCCGGAAAUAUCACACAACAUGAAGCUAGAAGGCUUUAGGAGAGUAUUCAGCGUGCGCCCACGACUACGAACAGCGGAUGUGUUUACUCAAUCUCCCUGGUUCCGCUCCGAGGUCCUCCUUGUGUUCCGGUCCCUGUUUACUUUCUAUCUGAUGACAUGGUGGCUGUGCAACAUCGCUACCAACAUGCAGAACGGCAAACUUUUCCUCUCCUUCCACUACUGGACUCUCACCCUCACAGCCUUCUACUUCGCCAUCGGCGCCAACCUGACAUGCAUCGCCAUCAUAGAUGAACGUGACAAGAGGAGAAUCCGCAGACGGAUGAUGAGGUCAACGUCACGUGAUCGCUUGGAAGAAAGGCUUGAGGUCAGAAAUGACGUCAUAGUUGAUGGGCAUGCUGGGAACGAUGGGGGGCAUGUGGAGGUCGAGAGGAGGUCGGCAGAAGAUCGCAAAGAAUGCUCCUGCUUGUUUUGGAAGAGGAAGAAAGAAUACAAAGUUAAUAAUCCUACUACAUGUGAAGAAUCAACAACACAAGACCAACUGAAAACAUACCACAAAAUCCUCUGGGUUCUGUACAAUAUAACCGCUGACACAACUGUUGUCAUGGUGAUCGCAUACUACCUAGGAUUUUUUGAAGAGUCAGAGUUCACAUCUCUACACCCUCUUAGUGAUUACGUCAUUGGAUGCGCCUUUAUAGUGGUGGAGACCCUGAUUUGUGGGGUCCCUGUUUAUCUAGGACACGCCUUGUACUCCGUAUUGUAUAUCACGGUGUAUGUGUGUGUGAGUGCUGUGUACUGGGAUGUAGAGGGGAGGCCCCUGUACAGGGGUUUGGAUUUUGUUAGCCCUAGCAUUGCAUUACUGCUUGUGUGUAAGGCAAUUGGCAUGGGGUGCCUAGCACAUGCUGGAUUCUUUAUUUUGUCUUUGUUGAGAUAUUUAGCUGUUACAUUUUUUUGUUGUAAUUGAAUAAUGAAAACAUAAAGCAUAGGCGUGUACCCAGGUUUCACUGAAGGGGUAUGUGCUGCCAUAAGUGACAUUUGGAGGAUAAGAAAGGAUAGUAUUAGUUGAUCUUUAAAUAUAACCUGAGCCACUUUAAACAGCUAAGGGGGUGGAGGGGGUUCAAAGCCACCCUGUUUACCCCAGUCCUCCUAGGUGUGCACCUGUAGUUCAACUCAAAUAAACUAUUAUAGACACAAUAGACGUAUUUCAACAGACAUAUUAUAGACACAUUUCCAUUUCCUAUAAUAAACAUGUAUACAAAAUGAGAUAUAGAGAGGCCAAGUAGCCAUAAAAAGCCAAUGUCCAUUAUGGUAUAUUCAUGUUAAUUGCAUCACAAUAAAUCCCAAUUCACAAUUAUAUUGAAAGCAGUGUGUUUAUUGGAAGUUUCUUUGAGGAUGUGAUUUAUAAUUUACAGCGGAUGGCCUGUUUAAUAUCUCGGAUUUUAAUAGUUCUUUUGUCUUUUAACGGUUGAGGUUUCCGUCGGACCUCCGGAAGUAAACUGGUGACAAUGCGGCUUUAAUAAGACCGGCUGCACAGUUAUCUAUAUGAUGCAAGAAACUAAGGGAUACUCCUUUCAAGCAAUUUAGUUAUUCAUUUCAACUGCAUAGCCAGUAUAACCAAUUAUAACAAAAGGCUUAAAAAUAAAGGCUAUGUUAUUCUAAAUCACUUUUAAGUUCUAUAUUAUAUUACCAAAAUAAUUUGGUAUAUGCUUGUAUGGUGACACUACUUGUAAGUAACAUUUGAUGGCAUAAACUAUUUAAAAACCUGGAUUUAACAGUGUGUCUUGGAAAAAUGACCUCAAACUUUAAGGUGAACAAUACACAUAAGUUAAUACAUGAGUAAACAGGGUACUGUUAGAAUGAGGUAAUUAUCAUACAAUAUUUUAUUUUACAUAUCUUGCAAAUAAAUUUUCUUUUCUUUGUGUCCU